UUAGGCUGGUUGGCACCGGGGUAGACAACUGUAUUCGGGUCCUUCUCACACCUCUGCUCUUGGUUCCCGAGCUUCAGCCUCAGGAUCGGUAACGUGCACCCCGCGUUCCGGAGAGCACUCAGGAGAUCAGGAAAAUGGCCACGGGGCUCCUGAAAGCUAAGAAAGAGGCAUUCAUGGCGUUCGGGGAUGUGGCUGUGGACUUCACCCAGGAGGAAUGGAGGUUGUUGAGCCCUGCUCAGAGGACCUUGCACAGGGAGGUGAUGCUGGAGACUUAUAACCACUUGGUCUCACUAGAAAUUCCAUUUUCCAAACCAAAACUCAUUUCUCAGCUGGAGCGAGGGGAAGAGCCCUGGAUAAAGGAGAGGCAACGUCCACUGAGUCUCUGUCCAGCAGGAUCAAAGCUAGAAAUUCAACCUUGUCCCUCCUGUCCUCUGGCAUUCUCUAGUCAGCAAGCCCUCAGCCAACAUGUGUGGCUCAGUCAUCUCCCUCAGUUUUUCUCAAGUUUAUGUGCAGGAAAUCAUCUCCAUUCAGGGAAACAAUAUUCAGAAGAUCAGAAACAGCAGCAGGAGCAAGUCUUUGAUCAAACCUGCUCAAGCAACAAAGCAGAAAUUCAAGAGAGAGAAGAAGAUUCCAAGCUUUUUUUUGGGAGAGUAAGUAAAAGCAGCGCUUCAAAGGCAUUCUCCAGAACCCUGGAAGAACAGCCAGUAAGGUCCAAGGAGGACAACACAGUGGUGGACAUAGUGCCCAGCCCUGCCCAGAGGACAAACCUUGAGGAAACAGACAAAAUAUUACAUGGUUUAGAAGUCUCAGGAUUUGGAGCAAUCAAAUAUGGAGAGUUUGGGCUAGGCUUUAUCAAGGAGUCAAACCAGCUCAGCCUCCAGAAGACACACACAGGGGAGACCCCUUACAUGUACACUGAGUGGGGAGAAAGCUUUAGCAGUAUUUCAGUCCUCAUCAAAAACCAGAGGACACACUCUGGGGAAAAGCCUUUUGUGUGCAGGGAAUGUGGACAAGGCUUUACUUGGAAGUCAAACCUCAUCACACACCAGAGGACACACUCAGGGGAGAAACUGUAUGUGUGCAAGGAGUGUGGACGAGGCUUUACUUGGAAAUCAAACCUCUUCACACAUCAGAGGACACACUCGGGGGUCAAGCCUUAUGUGUGCAAGGAAUGUGGGCAGAGCUUUAGCCUGAAGUCAAACCUCAUCACACACCAGAGGGCACACUCUGGGGAGAAGCCUUACAUUUGCAAGGAAUGUGGACAUGGCUUUCGCCAGCAUUCACACCUCAUCAGACAUAAGAGGACACAUUCAGGAGAGAAGCCUUAUGUUUGCAGGGAGUGUGAGCAAGGCUUUAGCCAGAAGUCACACCUCAUUAGACACUUAAGGACACACACAGGGGAGAAACCUUAUGUGUGCACAGAAUGUGGGCGUCACUUUAGCUGGAAAUCAAACCUCAAGACACACCAGAGGACGCACUCAGGGGUUAAACCUUAUGUGUGCCUGGAAUGUGGGCAGUGCUUUAGCCUGAAGUCAAACCUUAACAAACACCAGAGGUCACACACAGGGGAGAAGCCAUUUGUAUGCAGGGAGUGUGGGAGAGCCUUUACCCGGAAAUCAACCCUCAUCACACACCAGAGGACACACUCAGGAGAGAAGCCAUUUGUAUGCACAGAGUGUGGGCGAGGCUUUAAUGAUAAGUCAACCCUCAUCUCACACCAGAGGACACAUUCAGGGGAAAAGCCUUUCAUAUGCAGGGAGUGUGGUAGAAAGUUUAGCCAGAAGCCAAACCUGUUUAGGCACAAGAGGGCACAUUCAGGGAGCAUACCCUUUGUGUGCAGGGAGUGUGGACAAGGCUUUUGUGAUAAAUUAACUCUCAUUACACACCAGAGGGCACACUCGGGAGGGAAGCCUCAUGUAUGCAGGGAGUGUGGGCAAGGCUUUAGCCGGCAGUCGCACCUUAUUAGACAUCAGAGGAUCCAUUCAGGAGAGAAGCCUUAUAUUUGUAGGAAGUGUGGGCGAGGCUUUAGUCGGAAAUCAAACCUCAUCAGACAUCAGAGGACACACUCAGGAUAGAAACCUUGUGUGGACAAGUAAUGAAACCUUUAGCCAAUAGUCACACUGCAUGAGACACCAGAAGUCCCACCCAGGGCUGUAGCU